AUGACAAUUAAAUGUUUAAAUCAUCAAAGAUCACACAAAUUCAUUUGUUAUCAAUGUAAUUGUUUGAUGUGUUCAAAAUGUGUCAGUAUUCAUAGCAAAGAUCAUCCUGAUCAUUUCGAUCAAUGGGAACAUAUCGAUGAUAUCAAACAUUCAUUGAGUACAUUAAAAUUAGAUGAUAUUAUUGACACCCCAACAACAACAACAACCAAUAAUAAUGAUGGUACUAAAAAUAAUAGUAAUAACAGUAAUCACAUUUCACAAAUCAAUAAUAAACUUAAAUAUCUAUGGGAAUCAUUAAGAUCAUCUACAACUCUCUAUCAAGCAUUGUCAACAACAGAGAAUGAAAUCAAACAACACUUUGAACAAUUACAUCAAUAUCUAAUCAUUGAAGAACAUAAACUACAAAGAGAUAUUGUCAAUUAUAAACAUACAAUCACAGAUCAAAUCGAUAAUAAUGUUAUGAAUUUGAAAUAUUUAGUUAAUAUUAUCAAUAUAUUUAAUAAAUUAAAUAGUAAUAACGAUAUUAAUAAUGAUACUAAUAGUAGUUCUGAUGAACAACCAACAAUUGAAGAUACAAAAACAUUAUAUUCAACAACAACAAUAAUGGAAUCAAUAACAACAAGUUACGAAUUCGAUUACAAUCAUUCAUCAAUCAUCAUAAUCAAACAUUGUUCAAUGAACAUUUUGGUUAACAAUGAUAAUAAACAAUCUUAUAUUUUCACAACAAACAAACCAAAUGGAGUAACACUUAUCAACACAUCAAACAACUAUUCAAUUGAAGAAUUACAGUUUGAUUAUCAAUUUGUAAAUACAGCCCCAUCGAUUGUUUCAAUUGGUGAAUAUAUCUAUAUAUUCGGUGGUUCUGGAAAUGAAAACAAAUGGAUUCAAAUAUCAGCCAAAUCGAAAUCGAUUGAACAUAUUGGUGAUAUCGAAGGAAUCAAAGGUGAUUGCUAUGUGUCAGUUUGUUAUGAUGGUCAAGAUCAUAUCUAUUUGGUGAAUGGUGCCAAUACAAAGAAUAGAAUUGAUCGAUUCAACAUCAAAACAAUGAAAUUUGAGUCAUAUCAUCAAUUACCUGAUCGAUAUGAUAUGCAAGUAUCAUCAAUGAUCUUCAAAGGUUCAUUAUAUUCAGUAUCAUACCACCAAAAUUUGAUAUUUCAAUUCGAUUUAACAAAUAAAACGAUAACAGAUCAUCGAAUUGACAUUAAACCAUUAUCAGGAUGUCAUGAUAACAAUGGAAAUUUCUUCAUAUUGGAUAGAAAAAACCAUAGAUUCAUCAAAUACAAUGUUGAAACCAAGCAAACUAUCAAUCUCGAUAUAAAUCCUCACAAAAAUGGGUCUACAUUUGUGAUGUAUCAUCGAGAAUCACCAACAUCUAGUUAUAUCUAUUCAUUUGGAACUUUUAAUCAAUGUAAUUUCAGAUAUUCAAUUGAAUCCAAUCAAUGUGUACCAUUCCUGAGAGAUAUUGUUAAUAAAGAUAGAGCUUGUUGUGCAUCUACAUCAAUUUCAUUUUAA